UUUUACUCAUUGUUCUGAGUAUCAUCCUACCGCAGUUGAGGUGAGGCAGAGAGGACAAAGUAUAUCGUUGGAAAAGUCUGUUUGUGGACCUGCGUAGACUUGGAAUAUUCGAAACAAUUUCGUGUAUUUUGACAGGUCUUCUCCUCCGUUGUUGUUGGUUUGAGCCCAGGAGGCCACCAUGGAAAUGCAGAUGGGCAAUGAUGGGAGGGUGAAGGUGAAAGAGUGGCAGCAGACCUACUACGCCGGGGACUCUGGGAUCCAGUCAGGAGCCACCACAGUGAGGACCGAUGACGACGGGACCGAGUACAGCACCAAGCAGUACAGGACCGUCACCACCACCGUCGUCUCAGAGAACCCUGCUGAAGUGGAGUCUCAGUACGCCCUGACCCGGGCCCAGCGUGUCCGAGCGGCCAUGUUCCCAGAGACGGUGAUGGAGGGCACGACCAUCCUGUCCACCCAGACUGACCCGUCCCAGAUGACCAACGUCCAGCGGCUGGCCGAGCCCUCGCAGCUCCUGAAGACGGCUAUCGUCCACCUCAUCAACUACCAGGACGACGCCGAGCUGGCCACGCGCGCCAUCCCCGAGCUCACCAAGCUGCUCAACGAUGAGGACCAGGUGGUGGUCAACAAAGCCUCCCUGAUCGUCAACCAGCUGACCCGUAAGGAGGCGUCUCGCCGGGCGCUGAUGUCGUCCCCCCAGAUGGUGGCGGCGGUGGUGCGGGCCAUGCAGAACACCGGGGACAUGGAGACCGCCCGGGCUACAGCCAGCAUCCUCCACAACCUGUCCCACCAGAGAGAGGGCCUGCUCUCCAUCUUCAAGUGUGGGGGCAUCCCUGCCCUGGUCCGCAUGCUCAGUUCUCCCAUGGAGUCUGUGCUCUUCUAUGCCAUCACCACCCUCCACAACCUGCUACUGCACCAGGAGGGAGCCAAGAUGGCGGUGCGCCUGGCCGACGGCCUGCAGCGAAUGGUGCCUCUGCUGAAGAAGAGCAACCCCAAGUUCCUGGCAAUCACCACCGACUGCCUGCAGCUGCUGUCCUACGGCAACCAGGAGAGCAAGCUGAUCAUCCUGGCUAACAGUGGUCCGGAGGGCCUGGUCCACAUCAUGAGGAACUACAGCUAUGAGAAGCUCCUGUGGACCACCAGCCGCGUGCUCAAAGUUCUCUCUGUCUGCCCCAGCAACAAACCUGCCAUCGUGGAUGCUGGUGGGAUGCAGGCUCUGGGGAUGCACCUGACAGGCUCCAGUCAGCGUCUGAUGCAGAACUGUCUGUGGACCCUGAGGAACCUGUCUGACGCCGCCACUAAACAGGAGGGUCUGGACAGUCUUCUUCAGACCCUCGUUGGUCUCCUGAGCUCUGACGACGUCAACAUGCUCACCUGCUCCACUGGCAUCCUCUCCAACCUCACCUGCAACAACGCUCGCAACAAGGCAAUGGUCACCCAGGGCAACGGCAUCGAGGCGCUCAUCCACGCCGUCCUGAGGGCGGGAGAGAAGGAGGACGUGGCGGAGCCGGCCGUGUGCGCCCUGCGUCACCUGACGUCGCGCCACUCCGACGCCGAGGUGGCCCAGAAUGCCGUGCGCAUGCAUUAUGGCAUUCCCGCGAUCGUCAAGCUGCUCAACCAGCCCUACUACUGGCCUGUCGUCAAGGCUGUGGUUGGUCUGAUCCGUAACCUGGCACUGUGCCCAGACAACCAGACCCCUCUGAGGGACGCCGGGGCCAUCCCCCGCCUGGUCAAUCUGCUGCUCAAAGCCCACCAGGACGCCCAGAAACACGGCUCCGCCGCACAGCAGACGUACCAGGAUGGCGUGAGGAUGGAGGAGAUCGUGGAGGGGUGCACAGGGGCCCUGCACAUCAUGGCCAGAGACCCCAUCAACAGGGGAGAGAUCGCCAGCAUGCAGACCAUCCCACUCUUUGUACAGCUGCUGUACUCUCCAGUGGAGAACGUGAAGCGCGUGUCAGCGGGGGCUCUGUGUGAGCUGGCCCUGGACAAGCAGUCUGCUGAGAUGAUCGACGCAGAGGGAGCCUCCGCGCCGCUCAUGGAGCUGCUGCACUCCAACAACGAGGGCAUCGCCACCUAUGCGGCCGCCGUUCUCUUCCGCAUCUCCGAGGACAAGAACUCCGACUACAAGAAGCGCGUGUCCGUGGAGCUCACGCACUCCCUGUUCAAGCACGACCCCGCCGCCUGGGAAAUGGCCCACAAUGCUGUCCCCAUGGAGGCAGGCUACGCAGCAGACGAGCUGGAUGCAGGCUACCCCCAUUAUGUCGACUACCCUGCUGACAUGCCCAUGGAAGGAGAGAUGGGGAUGUCCGAUGUUGAGUACCAGACCGGCGGCAUGAACUACGACAUGAGGCAACCGGGAUAUGCUGAGCGCUAUUAGGACAAGGGUCCGUGCAUACAGCCAAUAGACAAAUGUACACGCGCUCUUAUUGUCAAGCGCGCAGAUACACGGAGACCGAGCAGCCAUUAGUUACAUACACCUAUUAUUAUAAAAACAAGUCGCACCACUUUUUUAAUAAAGAUACUGUUCUCUCUACAGACACUGAAGGGAGGAAGAAGCAGAGGGGGAGGGGGAGAAGAAAUCACACAAUCUUCAAAUGGAGUGAUUACAUUUAACAUUUAAGUCAUUUAGCAGACGCUCUUAUCCAGAGCGACUUACAAGUACAUACAUUCAUACUUUUUUUGUACUGGCCCCCCGUGGGAAUCGAACCCACAACCCUGGCGUUGCAAGCGCCAUGCUCUACCAACUGAGCCACACGGGGCCACAACACAUUGAGUGAUGUCAAUCUGUCUCUGCUCAUCUCGAUGUAGUAUAUGCAAUUAUCACUGACUGUGGGACUCCGAUUCUAACAGGGCUUACCUUCUGUUUUCUAAGAAUAAUAUUGAUGAUGCACCGGUUUUUAGUCGGACGUUUUAAGGUUGUUGUUGUUGCGCUUUUCGGUGGGUAAUCGAUGCCAAAGAGAUUUUAUUUUGUGACGAUAAUCAUGUAGCUUCCUUUUUUAUUUUUUUUAUUUCAAUACUAGUUGAAAACACUGCCAGAGGUGACUGGACAAUGAUGUGUAGUGUACAGCUCACCUGCUUACUUUCAACACUAUUUGCUGUUAACAUUUUUCCAACUGUGUUUCUCGAAAGUCUGCAUGAGCUAAUACUGACUCAGUGGUGUAAUAUUCUUACAUUUGACUCUCACAGUAGAAGAGAACCCAAUAGGGGGAGUCUACUGGAGGCCCUAAAUCAAGAACCUUAGGUGGAACGCUACUGACAGGGAAAUUUUGUCUUUCUACAUAAAGGUUUUUACUUCAAUUUUGUUUAAGAAAAUAAAGAAUAUAUUAAUGUA